CGGGGAACCAAAGAAGUGGAACGCGGUGACCACAGCGCACGCAUCGGGACACGAGGCGGUGGAGGCGGAGGAGGAGGUGGUGGCGAAGGAAUGUUAGGUUUGAAACAGUCGUCAUCUAAUCCUUCGAUCGGAUCAUAAUAGAGAGAGAAUUGAGAGGAGAGAGAAAGAGAAAGAAAGAGAGGCUUACUGAAUCCGGCGAUUUCGUGGCCGAGGGGCUGCGGCGACGAAGCAGGGGAAGGAGAUCGUCGGCCGUGGCGUCGUAGGAUGGCCACCGUCCCUUGGUCCUCUGUCUUCAGGGUCUUCCUCCUCGUAAUACUCCUCGCCGCCAUCGUCAUUGCCUUUGUCACCCUCCCCAUCGAAAAGAUUCUCAGGGACUUUUUGGUCUGGAUUGAGCUGAAUGUUGGUCCAUGGGGUCCUCUUGUUCUGGCUGUUGCAUAUAUUCCUUUAACAGUACUAGCAGUCCCUGCAUCAGUACUCACGCUUGGUGGCGGAUAUCUAUUUGGGUUGCCCUUAGGCUUUGUUGCUGAUUCUGUUGGAGCAACAAUUGGUGCAACAGCUGCAUUUCUGCUUGGGAGAACGAUUGGGAGGCCUUAUGUUCUUUCCAAGUUGAAUGAUUAUGCUAAGUUUCAGGCAGUUGCUAUUGCAAUUGAGAGAUCUGGGUUUAAGAUUGUGUUGCUUCUUAGGCUUACACCUUUACUUCCAUUUAACAUGCUAAACUACCUCUUGUCUGUUACUCCUAUUGGCAUUGGAGAGUAUAUGAUGGCAUCCUUCCUUGGGAUGAUGCCAAUUACGUUUGCACUAGUAUAUGUUGGAACAACACUGAAGGAUCUAGCUGAUGUCACACAUGGAUGGAGUGAAUUGUCGCCUACUCGUUGGGUGCUUAUCAUUUCAGGACUCGUAAUAUCUGCUAUCCUCAUCACAUGUGUGACAAGAGUAGCAAAGGCAUCCUUGGAGAAGGCAUUGGCUGAGAACGCAGUGGUGGAUGCCCUAACCACAUCUCCUUCACCGGUCUCUCCAGGUGCAACUGGUGACUUGCUCGAACCUCUCGUGGUUAAGAUCGACCCCUCUAGAAAUAAUCACGAAAAGUAACAUUCUUUCUUUUUCACAAUGUAAAUACUAACCCUAACAGGUUCUUCUGCAUUAUAUAAGUUCAUAUAUGCACAAGUCUCAAUCCAUCACUGGGUUCCAAGCAGCUGAUCUUUAUGCUGCCACUGUAUUGACUAUGUAGCUUUUUCAACCUAAUAUGGUAGUGUACAGUUGUAAGGAUGUUUAAUCAAUGCGUGGAUCCUGGUUGUAGCC